AUGGAGCUGAGACCUGACACCAGCCACAAGGAGAAUGUGCCCCCCAGGCCGGCCACCCCCCUGAGGCCAGAGCAAUGGAGACUCCGGAAGGGCCUGGCCAGUACACAUGGCCGGUGGGUGCCCGUGGGCCAGGCUGAGAGCAGGGGGGCUGCCACCACACCAUCCCCGGGGGCAGCGCUGUGCCAGGAGCCCUGCCGAGUCCAGAGCAACCUGACCAGCCCCAGCCUGGGCCUCGCCCUGAGGGACACGCCCGAGCUGACCAGCUCAAGCUUCCGACAGCAGAGCAACUUACAGCCCCUGGCCGGGAGGCCCCAAAGACGAGCCCAGGCGUCUGCCAUCCAACAGAGCGACCUGAGCGUCAGGGAGACAAGCGAAAGCUUCUGGCCGCACAGGAUGCCCGGGGGAAGCCCUCUACCCCGAGGGCCACUGGCUUCCCCAGCCUCCCGCCCGAGGUGGUCCCGGCUGCUGUCCACCAAUACCCCCUGCCCAGACAUUGGGCCCGCUGCAGGCCUGGGCCCGCUCGAAGGGCACACACGGCUGGACCCCAGAUCCCAGUGUGUCCUGGGGGGCUGGACCUCCAGGCUCGUGGGGGAACCCCUCAUCCUGCAGGACCUGGCUGCUCCUGCCCAGAGCCAGACUCGGGCUCCGUCCCAAGUUGCCAUUCACCAGCUGCUGGCCUCUGUGCAACGCCUGGAGCGUGAGGCAGUCCGUCUCAGGUGCCAGGCAUCCUGGGAACCCCCAGGCCCUGUGCAGCAGGAGUCCUGGACCAGAGCAGGCCAGAUACUCCCUGCUCACCCCCAGCCCAGCCAGCCUGUUCUUGCUUCCUGGGAUGAGAGGAGGAAACAUACCCAAGGUUUCAGGGAAACUGCAGGUUUCCCGGAAGCACCGGGGGUCCAGGAUGGUCUCUCAGACUCUCAGGCAAGCAGCAAGUCUGCAUCACUGGAGACUGCUUUGGAGAUGCUUCCCGGGGUUGCCCUUGACCCUGAGCAAGGGGUCCUUCCUGCCCACCCUGUAAGACGAGGAGAGAAGUGCUCCCCAGGGACUACAUACGGCAGGGGACAGAGGGAGGACCCCCUGCUCCCUCAAGGGGUGGGCAGCAGGGAGGCCAGACUCUGCUCUUCAGCCUCGUCCAGUUCAGCCCGGGGCAUCCUCCCUGGGCGGGAAGGAGGGGACAGGACCCCGUGGGAGCAGGUCGGCAACGAAGAAGAGAGGCCGGCUUCCGCGUGGAGUAUCACCCUCCAUGCUGGAAAGGCGACGCGGGUGCUGCUGAGCCCCCAGCUCUCCCUGGGACUGGGGACCGGGCCCAUCCCCUGGUCAGCCUGGUCUAUCCCCAGCCAGCAGUGGCUGUCCAGAUGUUUCAGAGCGUGGCGGCACUGGGUGCAGAGGCGGCGGGCAGUGGCAGCGGCCAUGGUGCUGGGCUGCCGGCAGCUGUUGCGCAGGGGCCUACGGGCGCCGCGGUGGACACUGCGGCUCCGGGAGGCCCAGCUGGAGGCGGCGUGGGGACGACACACGCAGGCCCUGCUGGCGCGGACCUUCCAAAAAUGGAGAAACUUGAUUCAGCAGCAGAAACAAGGGCAGUUUCACAUCCAGGCUGGGCCAGGACCCCCAUCCUCUGGGGGAGGCCAGGACCGAGGCCCCUCAGGAAGGAAGCCGGUGGUGGACACCGCCUGGAGAAGCAGGUGGUCUGGGACACCCCAGGUCGAUGGAGGAGACAGGGGAGUCCAGAUCCUGCAGGCUCUGCAACAGCUGGCUGUCUUCCUCCUGUGGUGCCGUCAGAAGGAACGGGCAGGAGAAGGGGGCCGCCCCCAGGCCUGGUGCUCUCCUGCUGCAGAUGCAGCCUGGGUGUCCCCACUGGACACCCGGUGCCAGAGGGCCUGGCUCUGCAGGUGCUUUGGGGCCUGGCAGCGGUUCGCACAAGGAGGGACCCGGUACCGGGACCACAUGGCCACGCGGGCAGGGACCCUGAGGAUGUGCCUGCAGCAGUGGGUGCAGACGAAGCAGCUCCAGGCCUCAGAUGGGGCGAAGGUGACCCAGCUGUCCCUUUGUUGGCGGGAGGCAGGUGAGCGAGUGCCCCUGGGGGGGGCCACAGCCCACGGCCUGGGGGUGGUGGCCCAGGCCCAGGCGCUGCCCCGGGAGCAAGGCCGGCGCUCCUUGCAGGAAGCCGGCCGGAGGCUGGCCCUCCACCGGGCGCUGCUGCUCUGGAGGACGCAGCUCUCCCAGCGCCAGCGGGCGGACUCCUUCUUCGAGGGCGUGCAGCAGCGGGCGCUGCGUCACAGCCUGAGGGGUUGGCGCCUGAGGGCGCGGGAUCCGGGCAGCGCCAGGACCACCUUGGCCCCAGCGGUUCUGGGCGGUGUCCUGGGAGGAAAGGCCCUGCCGGGCUGCAGGACACCCCGCAGCUCCCUGGAGCAGGCUUCCCGGGCCCCCGCCCUCCUGGAGGUGUUCCGGGUGAGCUUUCUGUGGGCAGCUGGGCAGCAGCAGCAGGGGCGGCACCUUCUGCUCUGGCAGGCGCAAGCCCAGCAGUCCCGGGGCGUGGCAAGGUGGCAUCAGCGCACCCUUCAGAGGCGCAUCCUCCUUGGCUGGAGCCACUGGGCAACAGCCCAGGGGGCCAGGAGAGAGCUGGCUGCCCGCCGGGCCUGGAAUCAGAGAUGCAGGGCCGUGCUGGGCCUGUGGCGGCAGCAGCUGGUGCAGCAGCAGGAGACGGAACAGUGGGCCCGGGUGGGAUGGGGACAGCAGCGACGUGCACUGGGCCACUGGCACUGCUGCUGGCAGAGACAGCAGCUCCUGCGUGAAAAGUAACAGCGGUGUGUGCGGGCCCGCCUCCAGGGCCUGCGCAGGGCCGUGUUCCGGGGCUGGCAGGAGGCAGCAGCUUGUCAGGGACCCACGGCGGCCGGUCCAGAGCAGCUCCUACUGCAGAGCCGCUUCCAGGCCUGGUGUGGAGUAGUGAGAGGCACAGGGAUGCCCCGGGCCAAGGGUCCAGCCUUCCAGGAUGGCCUGAGGAGAUGGGCACCAGGGGCCACAUUUGCCAGUGAAGCCCCAGAAGCUGCAGCCCGGCCUCAGGAGCAGCGCGUGGCCCAGGCCUCCUUCUCCUGCUGGAGAAGCCAAGAACAGGGACACCAGGUGGACAGCAAGCUGAGGAGGGCCGGGCCCAGCCGGCCUUCGUUGCAAGGUGACAGAGAGCCUCCCCUCGGCCCUGCCUCCCAGCUCCAGCUGCUGGGGCGAGGGUCAGCGCCCUACGGGGCCAGAAGGGGACCCAGCUCUGAGACCAAAGACCUCGAGGGCAAAGGCGAGGCCGAGCAAAGGGGUCGUGAUGCCCUUUGCUGUCAGGACACACACCAGGGCCUCUCCCCUCAGGAGGAAGUACCUGCAGCGCUGGCGCCUUGAGGCACUGCUUCGCCGGCUCCGGGGUUCCCUGCAGGCCGCCCGGGCAGCUGCAUGGCAGCGCUGGCUCAGGCAGUGGCACCUGAGGCGGGCCUGGUGACGGUGGGCCUUGCGGCUGCAGGUGUCUCAGCGAUUACAGCAACAAGACGCUGGGUCCAUUCCCAGGCCUUUGAAACAAGGCACCAGCGUCUGGCAGCCAGGGGCCUGAGGGGCAGAGCCAGCAGCAGUGGGAGGCCUCGGAGCAGGCAGGAAGCCACAAGAGCCCCUGUGCUUGGUGGACUUGGGGUGAAGCAGGGGGCCCAGCAGCAGCUGUGA